AAUAGGUCCGUGUGGGAGCAAUAAACAAGAACUCAAGAUGGAGCCCUCUAAAGCUGGACAUCUUAUGAGCUUGGCAGCUCUGCAGAGACAAGAUCCGUACAUAAACAACCUUCUAGAUGUUACCGGCCAGGUAGCAUUAUACAAUUUCAAUUCCAAAGCAAACGAAUGGGAGAAGACAGAAAUCGAGGGCACCUUAUUUGUAUAUUCUAGGUCUGCCUUGCCUCGCCACGGCUUCACCAUCAUGAACCGUCUGAGCGCAGAGAACCUGGUGGAACCUAUCAACAAGGACCUGGAGUUCCAGUUACAGGACCCCUUCCUGCUCUACAGGAAUGCCAACUGUGAGUACACCAUAUCGGUCUGUCAAUCUGUGUUUUUUCCUUUUUAAAUAUCUACGGUCUGUGUUUUUGUUUGUUUACCUAUAGCCCUCCAUUGGGGGCACAAUGUCUUGCAGUCAUUAUCUUACUGUUAUGCAGUAAUUAUUCAGCUGAAAGUUUUAAAGAGGCUUUUAAUGUAUUAAUCAUUGUGGUGUGCUGGAUUGGACUGCUAAACUGUAGCAAGUGGUUGAGCUAUUUUUAACCUGGCUGGUUCAUAAGAAUUUUUGGAAUUUGUGAAACAUAACAGCAAGAUCUGUCUGCUCCGCGCAGUCUGAAGUGUUUAGGAGUAAAAGCAGGGUGCUGUAGCACCUUCUCCGCCCCCUUCGAAACUCCAAGCCAAAUUUAUGUCGCUGUUAAUGUAGUACUUCGUUGUCCCAGUGUAAACGACAGUAAAAGCCCUGCUUCUGCGGCUCAAACAGCGGUGCAGUCUGUUAGGAGUUGAACCCCAUGCUUCCGACUAAGUGGCUAUUAUUUGUGUAUGAAACACUAUUAUAUUUGCGGCACUGCAAUAUAUUUACUUUUGUGAGACCUUCAAUCUUAAGUGUGUGUGUGCGUGCGUGCGUGCGUGCGUGCGUGCGUGUGUGUGCGCGCGACAGAACAAGCCACAGUGUUCUUGCAUUUCGAAGAAAACCAUGAUUCUCUCCAGAGACUUUUGCUAUCCCAUUAGAAUGGAUAGGGAUGCUGUUCACUGUAAUGUUCGAACAAAUGCAAAAAACACAAUGUCCUCUAGACUUUCUGUUUAGACAAUGACAAGAGCUGAGUUACUCAACAUCAAACAUACACUCAUGUCAUGGGUGUCCUGUAAACCAGCUUAUUUUUAGAGAAAUAUUUAAAAUUCUUCCCUUACCUUCAUGUGACCGUAAUAAAAGGCAUGUCAAAAAAGUCGCUAACAAUGACCUUAAUAAAGUGUAUAAUGUCUAAACAUUUAUUCCCCUAGAUUUUAUAGUGUCGUUUUGUGGCUCAAAUUAAGGAAAAUAAAUGUGCCUGCAGUUAAUCGUAAAUCAUGCCAUUGGCCCUGCGCUGCGUGUUCACUGCACACAAAUCACGUCUAGGAAAAUAUAUUUCUAGUACACUGAGUGCAGUUUGUGCUAAUGCUGGUAACGCAAUGUUCUAACCGGUCAAACAGAUACAAACCUAAAACAGAAACCAUGCCCGGCGCCAUGGACAUGUUCAACCAAACAUUGUAGGUGCCGGCGAAUUGUUAACCUCACUCCCCAGUAUUUGUUUUUGUUACACAAACGGUAUACACAUUGUGUGUGGCUCUUCAGCAGCACGUGGCCAAGAGCCAUUCAACGUACCUCUGAAAGCCCCUUGCAGACAUCUCCGCAGGCUCCUCUUGAAGACCUCUCUGCCCCGCUGCCGCAGGUCGGUCUGGGGCUGCCCGGCCAGGCCGAUCAGGAAGAUCUCCUCAGAGCGGUCAUCUCCCACCAUGACCUCAGGCUGUCCGGCCACUCUCACUUUCUCUCUCUCUCACACGCACACAGUCACAAUUUAGGCUCAAGCGUGUCCAGACUUCAGUGGCUUGGCAUCAAAGCGGUCACACCAGACUGGACUCUCUUGCGGAGGUCAUCGGAAGAUCAACUUCCACUAUUGCUUGAUCAGUUAAAUGUUUUCUGCCCCUUCCCCUGGGCUAUGUGCUGUCAGUCGCCGGCAGCGCCUGGUAACUUGUUCCUGAGUUGAGCUAUUCGUCGAGACUGAGAACGUAGAAGCCAAGGCAUUCCCCAGUCAGAUAUGAAGGAAGUAGCUGACACUGCUUCCCCCCAGGCAGUCGAUGAGCAGUCUGAACAGCAGCUUCAUCAGGGCCACAAAUAAGGAGUGGGACUGUCUCCCCAGCUGCUUGCUGAUGAGAAACACAAGCAGGGCCAGGGACAACGUCAGAGAAGACUGCUCGCCGUUCGGGCUGGCUUUACCCAUCAGUCUGGCGGGAACGUUAGUCAUCAUCUUCCACCCGAGGUGUGUCUGUGUGCGAUCCAAAAGAAGCUUCUUAAGUAGGGUAAAGGUCUUCGGUAGCGCAGAGGUGCUAGGUGCUAGGUGCUGUGGCACACUGGCUUUGUAAGUGUUUCAACUCAAGCGGUUGUUUUGACCUACCUUGGUGUAGGUCGUGCAGAUCACAUGUUUCAAUGUUACUCUGGCCUCGGUGCUGAUCCUCAGCAGUAAAGAUGAACCCUUGUUGCGGCCAGUCUACCUCGUCUUAUUGGCUGUGGAUAUCCAGGGCUGUUGAGGUGGAGCCUGACUGCUCCUCUGAGAAUGCGCGCUUUCUCCUCCUCCAACAUCAACUGAAUCAAAUUCUAUAGAGGCUGUCUUUCAGAAUCCCUAUUUAGUUGUGAUUGUUAGUGUCGCUCUGUAGCUACAGACGAGGAAGGUGGAAAGAAUGCUCCGAAAGACUUCUGCUUACUGUUUAUGCACAGGACACAGUCUGUGUGUCCACAAACAGACACACAGAUGCAGAUGCACACAAUCAUGAACACACCUGUUUACACCCCACCCUGAUUCCCUAUUGGUUUCCUCGGCCUCUGGUGCCAAACAGCUAGGUUGCCAGGCAACCUCACCUGCUCGGGGGACUCGGAGUACAUGGGGGGUUUUCUGCAAAUAAACAUACACCAGUCAAGAUGGCCACAAUUCAUCCAUUGAAGGUUGAGCUUGUGUGGAUUAAAUCCCUCGCACCAGAACUCUCCAAUAUGGCUUUACUUGUUUUGAUGUGUUUUGUUUGUAUUUUGCUUGCAAGAUUUGUUGUAUGCAGUUAGUAGGCAGAAAGAACCUUGAAUCUAGGGUUAUAAUAAUAACCCUAGAUGUUCUUAAUCUACUAUAUGUUCUUCAGUGAAGUAUGUGCUGGGGCCACCGUUAUCUACAGUAUAAAUACAUAUUUGUAAAAUAUGAAUGAGUGAAGAUAAUUAGACAAAGUGUCUGAAAAUGAGAGAUUAAGAUUUUUAAUUUUUAUUCAUUUGUUGAUUCAUAUUUGCUUUCUUUGCCUGUUUCUUUUCUUUUUUUUU